AUGGCUGCCUCCACGCCUCUUGACCCUUUCCUCCGUGGAAGCACCAGCAAAAACACCAGGGGACUCCUUCGAGUUAUUAUUCUAGUGACAAUUGCAGCCGCCGCAGUGUCUGCCCGAUUGUUCAGUGUAAUUCGUUUUGAAAGCAUUAUCCACGAGUUCGAUCCAUGGUUCAAUUUUCGGGCAACGAAGUAUCUUGUGAAGAAUGGCUUCUACAGCUUCUGGGAUUGGUUCGAUGACCGAACAUGGCACCCUCUUGGUCGCGUCACUGGUGGAACGCUCUAUCCGGGCCUGAUGGUCACGUCUGGCGUUAUAUAUCACAUCCUCCGGCUUCUGUCCCUUCCUGUCGACAUACGGAACAUCUGCGUCCUCCUCGCUCCGGGCUUCUCUGGCCUCACCGCGCUUGCAAUGUACCUCUUGACGUCCGAAAUGUCGUCCUCGCCAUCUGCAGGUCUUUUGGCUGCCAUUUUCAUGGGUAUCAGUCCAGGUUACAUUUCGAGAUCGGUCGCAGGGAGUUAUGACAACGAGGCCAUUGCUAUUUUCCUCCUUGUCUUCACAUUUUUUCUCUGGAUCAAGGCUGUCAAGAAUGGAUCUAUCAUGUGGGGAGCUUUGGCGGCCUUGUUUUACGGAUACAUGGUGUCUGCAUGGGGUGGCUACGUCUUCAUUACGAACCUGAUUCCCCUUCAUGCUUUCGUCCUCAUCUUGAUGGGCCGAUACAGCUCCAGACUUUAUAUCAGCUACACCACCUGGUAUGCUCUUGGAACAUUGGCAAGCAUGCAGGUUCCCUUCGUGGGAUUCCUCCCAGUCAGGAGCAGUGAUCACAUGGCAGCGUUGGGUAUUUUCGGUUUGUUGCAGUUGGUUGGGUUCUUCAACUUCCUCCGGGAGCAACUCCCCGGUAAGCAGUUUCAGACACUGCUGGUUGCCCUGGGUGGAACAAUCUUUGCUGUUAUGUUUUUGGCUCUCGUGACUCUCACAGUCUCGGGGACCAUUGCACCUUGGAGCGGCCGAUUCUAUUCUCUCUGGGACACAGGAUAUGCGAAGAUUCACAUCCCCAUUAUCGCGUCCGUCUCAGAGCAUCAGCCCACCGCCUGGCCCGCAUUCUUCUUCGACCUUAACAUGCUCAUCUGGCUAUUCCCAGCGGGAGUCUACAUGUGCUUCCGCAACCUCAAAGAUGAGCAUGUCUUUGUCGUCAUCUACGCCGUUCUUGCCAGCUACUUUGCAGGAGUCAUGGUUCGUCUCAUGCUUACACUGACCCCGGUAGUGUGCUGCGCUGCUGCACUCGCCCUUUCACAUAUACUCGACACCUACCUCUACCUGCCGACGCCUGCCGAGAAUUCGACCGACGGUAGCAACGGGUCUGUUAAGGCCAGCAAAAUUUCGGCAAACCCGUCACUGCGGUCUACCAGAAAUCCCCUAAUUGGCAUCUACUCUAUUGUGUCGAAGUCGAUGAUUACGUCAAUGGUCACUGGUUUCUUGCUCCUGUUUGUCGCUCACUGUACGUGGGUUACUUCGAAUGCGUAUUCAUCCCCUUCGGUCGUUUUGGCCUCAAGACUACCGGAUGGAUCUCAACAUAUCAUCGAUGACUACCGAGAAGCAUAUUACUGGUUACGGCAAAACACGCCUCAAGACGCAAAGAUCAUGUCAUGGUGGGAUUAUGGAUAUCAGAUUGGAGGUAUGGCUGAUCGGCCGACAUUAGUGGACAACAACACUUGGAACAACACGCACAUUGCCACCGUUGGGAAGGCCAUGAGCUCCCGAGAGGAAGUCAGCUACCCCAUACUUCGCCAGCACGACGUCGAUUAUGUUCUGGUUGUUUUUGGAGGGUUGCUGGGAUACAGCGGUGACGAUAUCAACAAGUUCCUGUGGAUGGUGAGGAUCGCCGAGGGUAUCUGGCCGGAAGAGGUAAAGGAGCGAGACUAUUUCACCGCGCGUGGCGAAUACAGGGUCGACGAGGAAGCCACACCAACGAUGAAGAAUUCCCUAAUGUACAAAAUGUCGUACUACAACUACAACAACCUGUUCCCAGCAGGCCAGGCACAAGACCGCGUCCGUGGCUCUUCUCUUCCUGCACAGGGUCCGGAAUUGAGUACGCUCGAGGAAGCCUUUACAAGUGAGAACUGGAUCAUCCGGAUCUACAAGGUCAAGCCUUUGGAUAAUGUGGGGCGAGAUCACCAAAGUGCGAUGGCCUUCGACAAGGGUCACAAGAAGAAGCGGAAGGCUGGUGCCAGAAAAGGUGCCAGAGUCCUAAGAGUGGACUGA